GACAAGAUCUUCAGCUGGAAGGGGGUGCCUUGGGGUCCUGGGGGAGUACCCCCCUGCCCUCCUCCAGGGCCAGGGGACCAGCAUCUUCAGGCAGGAAAUACUCAGACCAUUGUGAGGCCCGGGCCUCCAGGCCUGGAAAGAGCCGCAUCCCUGGCCGUGACCACCGACGCUACUACCACGAUCACUGGCGGCUGGAGUACCUGAUGGACUUCAACGCUGCCCGGCAUGGCAUGGUGUGCAUGGUGUGCGGCAGCUCUCUGGCCACCCUCAAGCUCAGCACCAUCAAGCGGCACAUCCGCCAGAAGCACCCCUACUCCUUGCACUGGAGUCCCCGGGAGAAAGAAGUCAUCAGCAACAGCUGGGAUGCCCACCUGGGGCUGGGGGCCUGUGGAGAGGCCGAGGGCCUUGGGGUCCAGGGGCCUGAGGAGGAGGAGGAGGAGGAAGAGGAAGAGGAGGAGGAGGGGGCCAGCCUCCAGGCUUGCCCACCCAAGGGCCCAGGCAAAGCCUCAGCUGGUGGGGGCUGCCGGCGCCAGCGGCGAGGGGGCCCAGUGGCAUCCCGGCGCCGGCGCCUCUCCGCCUCCUCCCGGAGGGCCAGGGGCAGCAGGGGGCUGGGGGCCCGGCGCCUGGAGCGGAGGCUGAAGGAGUCCCUGCAGACCUGGUUCCGGGCUGAGUGUCUCAUGGACUAUGACCCGCGGGGGAACCGGCUGGUGUGCAUGGCUUGUGGCCGCGCGCUGCCCAGCCUGCACCUGGACGACAUCCGUGCCCACGUGCUGGAGGUGCACCCCAGCUCCUUGGGGCUCAGCGGCCCCCAGCGCAGUGCCCUGCUGCAGGCCUGGGGUGGCGAGCCGGAGGCGCUGUCUGAGCUCACCCGGCCCCCAGCAGACGAUGACCUCAUCCCCCAGGACCUGACCAGAAAGAGCCGGGACUUGGCCCCCGCUGCUGGAGCCCCCUCCUCUGGGGAUUUCAGCCCCCCAGACGUAAAGGAAGAGGCUGGCUGGGUCCCUGAGAGGCCCGGGCCGGCAGAGGAGGAGCCGGAGGAGGGCGCGGGGGCGGGGGCGGGGGGCCCGGGCCGGCAGUCCCGGGGCCGGGAACGCUGGCGGCUGGAAUACCUGCUGGAGCUGGACGGCGGCCGGCGCGGCCUGGUGUGCAUGGUGUGCGGGGGCGCACUGGCCUCUCUCGAGACGAGCGCCGUCGAGCGGCACGUCCGCCGACGCCACCCGGGCACCUCGCGCCUCGGCGGGCCUUUCCAGGAGUGGAGCGAGAAGGGCGCCCCGGGCUCGGAGGAGGGGGAAGGGGCGGAGGAACCGGAGGAGGCGUGGUGGGGCGACGUCCUGCUGUCCCCUGGAGCAGCGCUGGAGCGGCCCGCUGAGGAGGACGACGAUGAAGAGGACGGCCAGGAGCCGGUGGGGCUGGCCUUCCCGCGGCGGAACUACCAGCCGCGCUGGCGGGGCGAGUACCUGAUGGACUACGACGGCAGCCGGCGCGGCCUGGUGUGCAUGGUGUGCGGGGGCGCGCUGGCCACGCUCAAGGUGAGCACCAUCAAGCGGCACAUCCUGCAGGUGCACCCCUUCUCCAUGGACUUCACGCCCGAGGAGCGCCAGACCAUCCUGGAGGCCUACGAGGAGGCGGCGCUGCGCUGCUAUGGCCACGAAGGCUUCGGCCCGCCCGCCCCGGCGCCUCGCGACGGCGGCGCGGACCUCAAGCCGGGUGCCGUGUGCCGGGCGUAGCCGACUCAGCAGGGCCGGGCCGGGCGGGACGAGCGGGGCGGGGCGCUCUGGUGCUGGUGCUUCCUGGGCCCUCCGCAGCUGCCGCGCCCCCCGCUGGCCGGGCCGGGCCGGGCCGGGCGGGUCUUGGGGACAGGACUUAAGCUACUUCGGUGUCCCAGCC